AUGGAGCAGGAAAAACGUCUUCCCGGAACUUUCCGGAUUCUUAUUGGGUGCACAGGCAGUGUGGCCACAAUAAAACUCCCUCAGCUUAUUCAGUGUCUCGCGGAGAGUAUACCUGGUGCGGAGAUGAAGGUAGUGGUGACGGAGUGCGCCAGAAGAUUCUUCUCAACCGAUGAAAUUCCCUCCGGAACGCCAGUACUCACGGAUGCGAACGAAUGGAGCGCAUGGAAGCAUCGCGGAGAUCCUGUUUUGCACAUAGAUCUUGCCAAGUGGGCGGAUCUUAUGGUCUUGGCGCCAUUGGAUGCCAACACGCUGGCCAAAAUCGCCCAGGGACUCUGCGACAACCUCUUGUUGUGCAUCCUGCGCGCCUGGGAGCCCUCAAAACCGCUCCUCUUCUGCCCAGCCAUGAACACGAAGAUGUGGCAGCAUCCCAUCACGGCGGAGCACGUCUCCAGGCUGCGCGCGUGGGGAUAUCACGAGGUGCCGUGCAUCGAGAAGACGCUGAUGUGCGGAGACACUGGACCAGGCGCCAUGGCUGAAGUCGACACGAUCGUGCAGAAUGUCCGGGAGUACUUGAAGCUAUGACAGUGACUCAUUUAUUGUUUUUGGGAAGACAAAUUGUAGGAAGAGUGAUAAUUUUUCGAUAGAUUAAAGGUUUUUGAA